AGAGUGUUGAUGAUUCGCAAGCCUCUCCAUAUUUUGUCGAGAAUUUUGAACUUUCCCCAACAGCUAAUACACAGACUUUGUUCGGCAGCGCUUCAUCACAAAAUCAUACUUCCUGUGAUUUUGAACCCGGCGAUCGCCGCAAUGAUCUCUCAUUUCAGAACGUGUUUCGUCGGUCAGUAAAAUCUUUUGGGACAUUCCCAGCCCCUAUGUUACAUUCCAACUUGCUGUUUACCACAGCUUCAAAGUCGAAUCGAAAGUUUUGUGACGUCUCGAGUCCUCUUAAUCGUGACCGUUCGCGAGGUUUUCAGUCGUCCAAUCAAAGCGCCCGUACGUCGCCAACCACCACGAAUAAUACAGUCUCAUUCAUAAAUACUGAAGUCUCAUCGCAGGUAGACUCACAUUUUCAACAAAACGCAUCACAAUAUGACUCAAGCGUACGGUGCAGUAUGAACAGCUCGUCUAAGGUUGAUGAGCGUUUCUCUGCAUCCGCUGGCGACACCGAAGACUACCUUGAGGCACCUCUAGAUCUCUCAGUAAAAAAGUCUAGUCCGUGCGUAACGUCGCUUGAAAAUACCCUCCUCGAUUGCAAUCCUGAUGAGGAUUUCGAUCGUCAUCAGAAGGUGGACUACGCGGAACCAUCAUAUUUUCAAAUUAGAAAAAACAUCAGUCCAAGCCGAGUCAACGUUCAGCCUCUUUCCACUGAUUGUCUCAAGCGUCGUAUGGAAGAAUUGAAGAACAGCAAAGGAACCCACGAAGAAUACAUUGAUGCGCCUCGAAACCAUGCAGAUCCGCUCGAAAAUACUGAAGCGCGCAAUAAUCAUUCUCGGGAGAAGCAGGGUGAUGAUACCCCCAACUAUUCCAUCGAGAGUACUCAUACGCAGUCAAUAAGCCCUCUGCGGAUUCUUGAAACGCCGAAUCAGAAAUUUCCACCUGAUCAAGAUUUCAGUCAGCCUAGCUCAAGCUUUCGUGAUUGUGAAUUUGCUCCUCUGAGGGCUAGGGUUACUCCCAAGUGUUCCGGCCUUGAUGAGCUCAAUCGAUCGCACUGCGAUGAAUCGAUCUUCUCUGAUGAUGUUACUCCCAAGUGUUCUGGUCUUGAUGAGCUCAAUCGAUCGCACUGUGAUGAAUCGAUUUUCUCUGAUGAUUUUACUCCUCUGAGGGCUACUCCCAAGUGUUCUGGUCUUGAUGAGCUCAAUCGAUCGCACUGUGAUGAAUCGAUAUUCUCUGAUGAUGUUACUCCCAAGUGUUCUGGUAUUGAUGAGCUCAAUCGAUCGCACUGUGAUGAAUCGAUAUUCUCUGAUGAUGUUACUCCCAAGUGUUCUGGUCUUGACGAGCUCAAUCGAUCGCACUGUGAUGAAUCGAUUUUCUCUGAUGAUUUUACUCCUCUGAGGGUUACUCCCAAGUGUUCUGAGCAUGAUGAGCUCGAUCGAUCGCACCGUAAUGAAUCGAUCUUCUCUGAUUCACAGCAUUCGCCCGAAAAAGAGGGGGAAGAUAAAAUGAUGGAAGAAACUCUCUUCGAAUCGGCUUGCCAUCCAUCAGAUGAUCCUCUCUCGGAGGAUAUUAAUGACUGCUGUCGAGGAUUAGAAAACAUGUUCAUUAGUAUCAGUGGCUCCGCAGAAAAUAUGGCGGCCUCAAGUAAUGCAACGUAUGGCUUUCCUGAUGCGCAAAACCUUCAAACUGAUGGUACUGUAAAUCUCACAUCUACGGAUGAAAUUGAGUCUAUGGUGUCGCAGUUUGCUGAAGAGGAUCGGACUCAAAUCCAGCAAGCCGGGAAAAUUAUAACAGAUCAGAAGAGUUACAACACCAACGCGCAAAUAAAUAGCGAUCGGAGAACUCCCAAGUCGAUUCAAGCGACGUCGAUCGUCGUUCAUGCCACUUCCGGGAUGAGCUUUAUUUUGCCCUCCAUUCAAAACGCUCUCCUCCUUCCAGAGACCUCAAUCGACAGUAGAGGGAACCCUCGCGACGAAUUAGUUCUGGAAGACAAUCAUUUUCAAUUCGUCGAGAAACAAAAGCGAAACUUUCCUGAAGACGCAGAUCAAGAUGCUUUCUGGGGAAUGCUGAGUCGUUUCGAUACCCUUACCUCGAAAUUUUGCACCUUGAAAAGUAAAGGCCUCGGAAAUCUAGAAAAAGGUCAUGUUGAAAAUGAAUCCAGUAAUAUUUCGUUAUCAGUCCUUUCACGAUCAGUCCUAGAGGACACUCUUGCCAAGUCAAUGGGCACAUCAAGAGAACUUUUCGUAUUCGAAAAAAAAUUGUUCAACGCACUCGAGGUCGUGGGGCAAUUGGAUUCUAAAUUUAUUUUGACGAUAUUAGAAGUAAGCAAAUCUCGUUUGAUCGUAGCAUUUGAUCAGCAUGCUGUCGACGAAAGAAUCAGAGUCGAAAAACUGAUGAAUGACUACUGUGUGGAUUUCAAAGCCAAGGUUUGGAAGAGUGUCUGUGUGAAUCCAGUGAUCAUCAUGACCGUCAGCACAGAGCGUGCCAUUUUAUGCGAAAAUUUCAAGUCUGCGUUUCAGAAGGUCGGCUUAGUUUUCAGCGUAAAUGGAAGAAAGCUGACCAUCACCAGAAUACCUCUUUGUCUUUUUAACAGUGCCCAAAGAAAUAAUGAUGCUCUCCUAGACCUAACUUGUAGUCUUCUGAAUGAAAUGAUCCAGUCGAUUGUCGACUUGAACGGCGUAUACCCCUCCAUACCGAAUUGUAUACUUUCAGCAAUCAAUGAGGAAGCCUGCAAAAGAGGCGGAAAAUCCAUAUUCUCUAACAUUUUUAUGAAUAUCAUGACCAAUGUGACAUUGAUAUGCGUUUUCAUACUUCAGCAUUCAUUCUUGAUUCAGCCGAUGAAAACCAUUGCUAAGAAACUGAGUGUCCCUGUUUUGGAGCGAAGCUUUUACAACCUUGCAUCAAGUAUAGCAUUAUUGACUCUCAUUUUUUGUUGGAAAAAGAAUCCCUCUUAUGCUUUAUGGUACAUAGAUGUUCAAAAUAAUCACACUCUAAAAACAGUGUAUAUAUCUAUUCACACCAUUACAUGGCUGAUAAUAUAUGUCGGUAUUGUUUGUAUGGAUGUGGCUGAACUUUUUGGCAUCAAGCAAGUCAUUAAGUACUUGCGAGAUGAGCCCAAAUUCUUUGAAUGUAAAUCUAGAGGUCUUGUGAGGUUUCAAAAACACAUGCGCCAUCCUAGUCUUGUCGGAUUUCUCAUAAUUCUUUGGGUGUUUCCGUUUAUGAGUAUUGACAGACUUCUCCUAGCCUCUCUCUGGAGUAUAUAUAUGAUCAUUGCAUGGAAACCAGACAUUGGUGAUUACAAUUAUCUCUUAAGACAGCAACUGAUAAAAAAACUCUCCUAACGCUGUCAUAAACAGUAGAGGAUUUGUGACCUUCAUCUCCAUUUUAUUACAUAAUCUGGAAACCUUAUCAAUGAAUCUACAAACAAAUGGAUCAAUUUGCCAGUUUUUAAUGUUAUACAAUUUAAUUUAAGGCUUACUGAAAUUUCCUUAUUUUUCUUUUUUCUUUCUUUUCCAAGAAGUCAUAGCUUCUGUUUGAUAGAUGCUGGUUUGCCUAAUUUACUCAGAAGGCUUGUUACGUUAUUCUAGCAAAGAAUGGCACCAGAAAAUUCACUCAAAAUACAUUGGUUAAGAGAGAAAGUACCAUUUUGUUUGACAUAAGUCAUCAUUUUAGAAGACCGGCAUAGUGACUCAAAACUGAAAAUGACCGAAUGGUGGUUUCAGUACUCUUUUAAGGAUAGAAAUACUGGUAAUUGAUUUUCUUUAAUAGUUUCUAAUUUUAAGAAAUAUCAACUUUGAAA